AGCUCGGGCUCGGGUGAAAUCAGAGAUGGCGGCCGCAGCUUGGCUUGGGGGCGCGCGAGCGACGAGCUGGAGGCUGCGGACGCCGCCGCUGUCGCCGCUUGCCCGCCUCGUUUCCCAGCGGGCCCACUCGCUGUUGGCGGUGGACGAUGCGAUCAACGGGCUAAGUGAAGAGCAGAAGCAGCUUCGUCAGACCAUGGCUAAGUUCCUUCAGGAGCACCUAGCCCCCCAGGCCCAUGAGAUUGAUCGAAGCAAUGAAUUCAAGAACCUUCGAGAAUUUUGGAAGCAGCUGGGAAACCUGGGAGUCCUGGGCAUCACAGCUUCUGCCCAGUAUGGCGGCUCUGGCCUGGGCUACCUGGAACAUGUGCUGGUGAUGGAGGAGAUAUCCCGAGUGUCUGGAGCCGUGGGACUCAGUUAUGGUGCCCACUCCAACCUCUGCAUCAAUCAAAUUAUGCGCAAUGGAAAUGAGGCCCAGAAGGAGAAAUACCUCCCCAAGCUGAUCAGUGGUGAGUAUAUUGGAGCCCUGGCCAUGAGUGAGCCCAAUGCUGGCUCUGAUGUUGUCUCUAUGAAGCUAAAAGCAGAAAAGAAAGGAGAUUACUACGUCCUGAAUGGCAACAAAUUCUGGAUCACCAAUGGCCCAGAUGCCGAUGUCCUUAUCGUCUAUGCCAAGACAGACCCGGCUGCUGUACCAGCUUCUCGGGGCAUCACAGCCUUCAUCGUGGAGAAGAGCAUGCCUGGCUUCAGCACCUCCCAGAAGCUGGACAAACUGGGAAUGAGGGGUUCUAACACCUGUGAGCUAAUCUUUGAAGACUGCAAGGUUCCUGCAGCUGACAACAUCUUGGGCCAUCUAAGUAAGGGCAUCUACGUGCUGAUGAGUGGGCUGGACCUGGAGCGGCUGGUGCUGGCUGGUGGGCCCCUUGGGAUCAUGCAAGCUGUCCUGGACCACACCAUUCCCUAUCUGCAUAUGAGGGAAGCCUUUGGCCAGAAGAUUGGCCACUUCCAGUUGAUGCAGGGGAAGAUGGCUGACAUGUACACCCGCCUUAUGGCAUGUCGGCAGUACGUCUACAAUGUCGCCAAGGCCUGUGAUGAGGGCCACUGCACCCCCAAGGACUGCGCGGGUGUGAUUCUUUACACAGCUGAGUGUGCCACAAAGGUAGCCCUGGAUGGCAUUCAGUGUUUAGGUGGCAAUGGCUACAUCAAUGACUUUCCCAUGGGCCGCUUUCUGCGAGAUGCCAAGCUGUAUGAGAUUGGCGGUGGGACCAGUGAGGUGAGGCGGCUGAUCAUUGGCAGAGCCUUCAACAUGGACUUCCACUAACCCCAAGACCUUCGCUCCAUUUCUCAGUACCUAGAGGCCUUUGAAAGUAGAGGUGUGGCAGCUGUCCUCCCCUGCCUGAAGCAAGUUCUGCUGCUUGGCUGCCCUUCCUUGCAUCAGCCCUCUGGCCUCUGUGUGAGGUUGAGUUCUCUACAAUGGCUGCCAAGCAGUGGCCUCAGAGUCAGGCCAGCCACACCAACCAGCCUAGGAAAAGCAUUCAAUGGCUUAAAAUGGACUUGGCAGGAAGCAUGAUGGCUUUUGUAAGGCUGUUGGGAUGGGCUUCAGUGACCCUGUGCCCUCGCUCUCUAAUUUCCAAUCCUGAUGCACCCACCUCCCAGGGUGGUCACGUGGGGCCAGGCAGGCAGUCACCUCUUUUUCUUGGCUGAGCCUCUGGCAGGGUGAGCCUCUACUUAAUUACUUGAACGUGGUAGCCUCUUCCAGCAAAAAAAAACACCGAAACCUAGCCCUUGUUUGUGCUGAUUUUUAGAGGCAUCAGCACCCAGUAUCUUGUGAGCAGGCACCCACUCUGCACAGCCCCUGUGUUCCUCCAGGGGCUUCAUUCUUUAGGGCUGAAAUCCCACCAUUCUGGGGUGGAGCUCUGUGGAUAGGCAUCUCAGAACCUGUGCUAUCUAGGCUACAGUGGGGCAAAGGUCAGCAUGAUUGUAAAGGAUUAGUUUGACAUUGGCUUCUGAGCACCUCUGAGCCCUUCAGCACUGCUGUGCCACCACCACCACCGUCAUCCUGGCCAUGUGACAGCCCACAGCUGACUGGGCAGCGGGCCUGUGUGGACUGGCUCAACUCCAGCCAAGGCUGCCUGCAUACAUUUCUCUGGACACCUUAUGGCUAAUUCUGUUACAACUGCACAGUGGCUGCUGCCAUUUUGUAUUAAACAUAUUAUGAAUCAGA